GGACCCACGGGGUCUAUUUUGAACUCUGACUCGUGAGCCUCGUAUGUUGUGCAAUAUUGCGCUGGUGUUUUUAAACUUGUGUGAAGGGCAUAUGAGGCAAAGGAUGCCUGUUACACUAUUGGAUAGGAAGUUUUGAGUGGUUUUAAACGUUUUUAUUUGCCUGGAAUUUUCUGUGGAGUUUGUGUUACAGGAUGAUCGACCACUUAGACAAGAUGUUUAAAGGAGAGGAGUGGAACAUUUCUUUUGCUGGCUGUGGCUUCAGUAGUCUUUAUUACUUGGGAGCCUUGAGCUGUAUUCUGGAGCACGCGCCACAUCUGGUUCGCCGUGCGUCGAAGAUCGGUGGCGCGUCUUCGGGUUGUUUAGUCGCAGCCAGUCUCGUAGUUGGAAUUCCCAUUGAGACCUGCUGUGAGUAUGUGAUGUCCAUGGCUCUAGCGGCGCGGAGGCACCAGCUCAGCGUCCUCCACCCGGCGUUCAGCCUCCUGGGGGGGGUGCAGGACUCCCUGCUCCGCUACCUGCCCCCCGAUGCCCACCUCUGGGCCUCCGGGAGGCUCUGCGUGUCCCUCACCCGGCUCUCCGACGGAGAGAACCUUCUGGUCACAGAGUUUGACAACAGGGAGGAACUCAUUCAGGUACUCCUGUGUAGUUGCUUCUUCCCCCUGUAUUGUGGCGUGACCCCUCCAUCGUACCGUGGAGUGCGCUACGUGGACGGCGCCCUGAGCAACAACAUGCCGCUGCACGACCAGAGGAACACCAUCACCGUGUCGCCGUUCUGCGGGGAGGCGGACAUCUGCCCCCGGGAGGGCGGCCUGGGCGUGCUGGCCGUGCACUACGGUGACCUGGGCAUCCGGGUCAGCCAGCUCAACGUGAAGCGCAUCUACAGGUCCUUCUUCCCCCCGGAGCCGGCGGAGUUGGCAGAGAUGAGUCACAAUGGCUACAUGGAUGCUCUUCGUUUCUUGAGAAGAAAUGAUCUCCUUGGAGCGGAAUACUUAUCUUGGUCUAUGUCAAUGGCGAAACCCCCAACCAAACCAAUGUGCUGUGCUGGACAGACACAAGAAAAGGACAACCAGGUGUCAAAGGUGUUGCAGCCGGAGUCCCACUGGUGGCUGGAGCAGAACGCGGCCCAAAGCCUGCCAGCAAGCAUCCAAAAGGUGCUGUGUAAGGCGUGUAGGGAGAGCCAUUAUGCUGGCAGUGCUGGCAGUCAGGGGAUGGCGCCCCCUCUGGUCAGACUGUUGUGCUUCCUGCUGAUGCCCUUCACGUGGUCGGUGGAGCUGAUCGUCUCACUUAUCAGUGUGAUGAUGUUAGGCUGGAAAUUGAUGUGCAGUCUGAUGAUGUCGUCUGGAACGAAAACACCAAAAGAUCUGGGGCCACGGUAGCAUGCAUGGCAGACGUUUUGCUCCAGACCCGAGCCGCCGCCUUCCCCUGGAGCUGAGGAUAUUGGGUCGCACUGACAGGAGGAAAGAAACUUCAAUACCUGCACCCUCUCCAAGGACCUCAACAUCCUUUCCCUACUGGACCAAGCACCUUGAAAUCACUAAUAGAAAAAGGAGAAAAAUGGGAGGAUGAGGUCUUCAGGCUGAGGCCCAGCUUUGCAUCAGACGUGGGGCGGGCCUGGACCCUCCUGUGUGUGUGUGUUUGCUGCGUCCACACAGAGGAUGGCCCUGGUCCCUAAGCUGUUGGCUCUGUCGUAGGGCCAGUCGUCGUUGCCGCCACUGCUGCUGCUUCUGCUGCAGCAGCAGUCGCCGCCGCCGCCGCCGCCGCCGCCGCCGCCGCACCCCCGAUGUCAGGGAUCUGGUCGGCAAACGACUGGGUCAUCCACUGUCCGUCUGGGAGCUGGCCUUCUGCCCCGCCCGCCGCUUGGGACGUGGUGGCCUUCUCUGCAGCUUCUGGACAACAGAUGGAGACACACCUGCAGUGUCAGUCAGCUCUCCUUUUCCCCACGUCGUGUUCUCAUUCAUCUGCUCAAACUACACCUCGUAUGAAAGCUGAUGCACUCACUCUGAGUGACCAUAACACGAUCAAGAAGCAACUUUUUAGUUACUACCACAAAAUAUGAAUGAAAUAUGAUCACAUAAAACCACCAUAAUAAGAUAAUCCAGUAUACUGGCACACUUGGAAUACUAAAACGGUAUUUACAAUCAUUUAUUGUAGAUAAGAGGGUUUCACCAAGGAAUUAGUGUGCCUUGAAUAAAACACAUGGUCUUUAUCGAUGUCUUGUGGCCCUAGGGUGCGAUUGAAAUGGUGUCUUUCUAUUCUCAUUGCCCUGACCUUUCAAUAGAAAUUGUAUGGUACUUUUCGCAUUUGUCUGCAUUGCAUUUGUUUGCCUAAACCUACCUCUAUAUUUGCUGUACUUCCCAUUAUUGGCAACAAGCCUUGACCCAGCUACUGGUUUUCAUUAUAUUGCUUUGAGUACUCCAUGCCGUUUUACCACUGUACUGGUGGUUUAUGUUUUGAAAAUUAGUUUCAAAUUAUUGAAAUGUGACAGUCUACCAAGUAAAGAUUACAAUACAAUCAAAUAA